AUGAAAAUUCUCAUUUAUCUCAUAUCGAUAUCUUCGAUUGCGACUGCUUUCACCGUAUUGCCCUAUAUUCAAAUCGACUACGCGCACUACUUUCGUUUGGCACAAUGCCAAGCAAAAUGUACGCAAAAAUAUGGCGUUUUAUCUAGCCGCGUACUUCUUGAUGGAUCUUUGGAAGAAUUUUUGGACACUCAAAAUGCAGACUGUAAGGCGUGCGAAUCUGGCUGUCACCAGCAUCGUCGCAGUCAUGGGAGAGGUCCUCCCCAUCAUGGAAAAACCCCCACAGACGAUGGACUGAAAUUUUGGAGUGAAAGCAAAGCUGAUACUGCAAAAGUUGGUUCGACCCUGGUUUCUUCUGUGCAGCUGCUAUGCCAGAAUCCGUCAGUAGAUGAAGAAUUUGGAGAAUCAUCUGAAGGCUUGGUCAGCAUAUCGCUGCUAAGAUCAGCUGGCCCUACUAGAUUUGUUGUCCAGUGGAAGCAACGGACUCAAGCGAUGGGUUACUACGAUGAAACGCAAUGGAUAACCGCUUCGGUGGAAUCCGACACUUUACUCAAGAUUAAAGGACUUAUCCCUGGAGUACAGUAUCGUUUCAAAGUCACUGCAGUUGGUGCAAGUGGUCGUCUCGGUGAGGCGGUGGAUAGCUCAUGGACAGAAAUUUCGAGUAACGGAGUUCCUAGGACUCCAGGCUCUUCGCUCAUCAUAAGAAAUGGAUACGAUUCCGAUCGAGGUGUUACUGCCCACUUGGAAUGGCUCCGAAAUCCCCAAGAAUCUUGCUACUAUAACAUUCAGUUAUCCAACAGCACCUCAGUCAUCAGCACAGAUAUCAGACUUGAUGGCUCCUCCUCAAUCCUACUAUCUCAUCUCGAGUUCGAUUGUGACUACGUCGUGACAUUGGCGGCAACAACGAGUGAUAAGAGUCAGACCAGUGGGACAGUCACAAGUAGCUUCAAAUCGCUUCAGUGCAAAGAUGUGCAUGGAAGAGGAAGUCUACAAUGCUUGCCCGAGCCAGUGGCAGAUCUCUCGAUUUUUGUGUAUCCGAAUGGCACAGCAUUCGUCUCCUGGAACCCGUCAGCUGAUCCGGAAAACAUUCUCUUCUAUCAGCUUGUUUACAAUGCGCUCUCCCAUGAACAUGGCUGCCAGUACCAACAAGAAACAAUUAAUCUUCAAGCUUCCGCCAGCUCGACUUUCGUUGAUUUCCCCGGCUACAGAUGUGAAUACGUAGUUCGACUGAUCAACUACGACCUCAUCGGACGAGAUGCAAUGGCUGAGACCCGUGUAGUCAUUGAACCUACUCGAAUCCCUCUUCGACUCGAGGACCUACUUCGUCCGGAAAUUUUCCUUACAGCCGCCUGUUUCCUACUUUUCUUCACUCUCUGCGUACUGAUUCGAUGCCGAGUUGGGCGAAAAUGUCCCAAUAGGAUAUCGGAAAAACAACAAAAGCUUAGAGAGUAUGCAUAAUAAGUAGUACGAUCAUUGUCAUUGUUAUUUGAUGAUGUGCGUAUCACCACGGGUCUUGUAUUCGCUCUCGAUGUGCCUGAGAGUGCCUUGUUACCGGUUUAUUUUUUUAUUAUAUGUACUUUUUGUGUAAG